GAACAAAUAAUCAGGAACAGAGAGAGUAUAAUUUAGUAAAUGAUAAAUAAUUUUUUUAAGAGAAAAAAGAAUUAAUUUGACAGGUAAUUUUUAUUUUUGGGAGGACUUGAGGACGAAGUGGAGUAUCAUUUUCUGUGAUCGCAUCUCUGAUUCCACUUCCAGGUCUCCUGCUAGGGCACAAUGAACUGGGAAAUCGAUGAAAUCUCACCAUAGCUUUCUUCUUCACAAAAACAAAAUUGAUAUUCUUUAGUCGUUCAUCGAUGGGAUCGAAGAAGAAUGGAGGAUUGCCAGGCGCGUCCAGCAUCCACAGGAACAGGGGCUGCGGAUCUGGACCCUCCAUUUUGGUUCUCACCUUCGGUUCUUGCAUUAUUCUUCCUUUGAUCUUCUUCCUCGGCCGCAGCCUCCACAUCGAUGAAAAUCGUUUUUCUACUACUUCUGAUCAUAAGGAUCUGGAUUGGAGAGAGAGGCUUGCACUGCAACACAUUAAACCCAUAUUGACACGAGAGGUAGUUGAUCUAAUCAAGUCCAGUACAUACGAUUUAGGUCCACUAAGUCUUGAUUCUUUUAGAAAGAACAAUUUAUCAGCUUCAUGGAGGUUUGUUGGGCAAGUAGGCUCGGCCAAGAAUACUAGCUCCUCUUUGGAGUCAAAAGGAAACGUUGCCGCUAUCAAGCAAGAAACCUCAAGAAGAAAGGAUGAGCUUCUACAUGAAGAUCAUUCUCAGUUUAUAGAUACACCUGAAAAAUCUUACCGGAGACAAUUGAGACAGAAAAGACGUGAAAAACGUGCUGCAGAUUUGUUAAAACAGGAUGAUGAAGUAAAUAUUAAGCUUGAAAAUGCAGCCAUUGAACGCACAAAGUCAGUCGACUCUGCAGUGUUGGGGAAGUACAGUAUAUGGAGGAGGGAAAAUGACAAUGAGAAUACUGAUUCCACUGUACGUUUGAUGCGAGAUCAAUUGAUCAUGUCAAGGGUUUAUUUAAGCAUUGCAGGGAUGAAGAAGAGGGCUGAUUUGGCAGCAGAGUUACAACAACGGAUAAAAGAAAGUCAACGUGCUUUGGGGGAAGCAAGUUCUGAUUCUGAUCUUCCUCGCAGUGCACAUGAGAAGCUUAAGGCUAUGGGCCAAAUACUUUCAAAAUCAAGAGAACAACUUUAUGACUGUAAGCUGGUUACAGGGAAGCUAAGAGCAAUGCUGCAAACUGCAGAUGAGGAAGUUAGGAGUUUGAAGAGACAGAGCACAUUUUUGAGUCAAUUAGCUGCAAAGACAAUUCCUAAUGGGAUCCACUGCUUAUCGAUGCGCUUAACUAUAGAUUAUUACCUCCUACACCCUGAAAAAAGGAAAUUUCCGCAGUCUGAUAAUUUUGAAAACCCGCACCUUUACCAUUAUGCCUUGUUUUCUGAUAAUGUCUUGGCUGCUUCUGUCGUCGUCAAUUCUACUGUCAUGAAUGCCAAGGAGCCAGAGAAACACGUGUUUCAUCUUGUUACGGAUAAGCUGAACUUUGGAGCCAUGAACAUGUGGUUCUUGUUGAAUCCUCCUGGGAAAGCCACCAUACAUGUUGAGAAUGUUGAUGAGUUUAAGUGGCUUAACUCUUCUUAUUGUGUCGUUCUCCGACAGCUAGAGUCUGCAGCAAUGAAGGAGUAUUAUUUCAAGGCUGCUCAUCCCACCACCCUAUCUGCCGGUUCUUCUAAUUUGAAGUACAGAAACCCUAAGUACCUUUCAAUGCUUAAUCACCUUCGGUUUUAUCUGCCCGAGGUUUACCCUAAGUUGGAUAAAAUCCUUUUUCUCGACGAUGACAUUGUUGUUCAGAAGGACUUGACCCCGUUGUGGUCAGUUGAUCUUCAUGGGAAAGUGAAUGGUGCGGUUGAAACCUGUGGGCAAAGUUUUCACCGUUUUGAUAAGUACUUGAAUUUCUCAAACCCUCAUAUUGCCAGAAACUUUGACCCGAAUGCUUGUGGGUGGGCUUAUGGGAUGAACAUGUUUGAUCUCAAGGAGUGGAAGAAGAAGGAUAUCACUGGAAUUUACCACAAAUGGCAAAAUAUGAAUGAAGAUAGAGCACUGUGGAAGCUUGGGACUUUGCCUCCGGGCCUGAUAACGUUUUAUGGGCUUACACAUCCGCUUAACAAAUCAUGGCAUGUUCUUGGGCUGGGCUACAACCCCAGCAUUGAUCGGGCCGAAAUCGAGAAUGCAGCAGUUAUACACUACAAUGGGAAUAUGAAACCUUGGCUAGAGUUGGCAAUGGCAAAGUACAAGCCUUUUUGGACCAAGUAUAUAAAGUUCGAUCAUCCCUAUAUUCGCGGCUGUAAAGUAAGUGAAUAAACUCCAACCUCUCUGUUUGGUCUCACAGAUAAGCCGUGCUUCGGAAUCGUGUGGUGGUCUGUGAGUGCCUCAUAAUUUUGAAUGUCCAGAUGCUCAGAGGUGAUGUAUGAUUUCAACAGCUUACCUUUGUAUUUUUUUUUUUUUAACUUGAGUCACUUGAGCACCAUCAAAUGAUUCAAAUCUCAUUGUAAUAGAAAUAUGAGCAUGCAAAUUGAUGAUUCUUUUGUCAAUAAGUGUCCAUUGCUUAUUUGUCAACACACUCUAUUCCUAUCCCCACCCCCUUUUGUUAUUGGUUUCUAUAUGGAUUCAAAUGUUGAAUAACAUUUGACCCUUUGA